AUGCAUGUCAUAACCAACCAACGAGGAUUCAGAUUCAAUGAAGCACCUCCAGAUAAUGAAAUAUACGGCUCGACAUUUGGUGAGAUAGUGCCCUAUGAUGUCGAGGGUGAACAAAGCUUUGUUCAACCCGAAAAAAGUGACUAUGAAGUAGGCAUCAUAAAUGCAUUCAACGAUUUAGCGUCGAAAAUGAAUUUUGCACAAUUUGUUGGAGAUGAUCAAUGGACUAUAAAACAUUUUCCAAAAUCUGGCCGUGCCGAACCUAAAUCACGCAUACGAAAAAUUCUACCCGGCACCAAAGAUGAAAAGCCUGAUGGAAAAUUAGCGCCUGGCAAACAAAUAAAUCAAAAAGGUGGCUUUCUCAAUCGUCUUCGUACAGGUGUGAAUAGUCUUGUUCGUGAUGAAAACAAUAUGUUAUUUGGUGAACAAUCAAAAUACGAACUGAAUUAUUAUGAAGACGAAGCAGAUACUGUAGAUACGGAUGAUCUUCAUCGUUAUGCACAGAAACUACGUGAAUUAGAAGAUACGGAUCGUGAAGUUAAUCCGGAAUUUCUUGUUUUACGUGACGGUAAAACAGUGUAUGCUGUACAUGAAGCUGAUGAGGAAGGCAAAAUGACAUUGUCAACACGAAAACCAAUCUAUGAUCGUUACCGUGACCAAGGACCCGAUGAGGAGCGUGCUGAGAAGAAGAAACUUUUAUCUCGUUUGAAAAUUCCGUUCGGUCGAAAUAAGGAUAAAGAUGGUAAACGAAGCGAUUCGCUAAAACCAACAAAUCCCGAGACACCAGAUUCAGCUGGUAAACGUAAAGCAAAGAAAGCAGGCAACAAAACGGCUGAUGACGACAACGCAAACAUCGAAGCAUUUAUGGAUUGA